CUGACUCGUUGACUCCGGAAAGCGGAAGUCAUCUUUCCUGUGCACGCUGGAAAUGUUGACAAAUCUGCGCACACUUUUGGCAGGUUGACUGAAUUAUUUUUUUUGUUUUAGUAAAAUAUUAACUACGGUAUUGUAAUUGGAACUUGUUUGUUGGACAUUAGCAUACCGAGCAAAGCAGGCGAACAAACCUGCAUUUUGCCACUUUCAACGACCUGCAUUGCUCAUGGAUAAAGAUGGGGCCGUUCUUCAGGGGGCUUUCCUCCUGUCUGAUAAGUUGUGUCUGCCCUCCUCCUUGAGCUCUCUUCAGAAGUCUGAUUGGUGCAAGGUGGCCAACCCCAUCCCAGAUGCAUUGAGAGAAAUCUGCGGCAAGGAAGACAAGGAAGACUCCUGGAGGAAGAAAAUAAUUUGUGUUGCGUGGUUGAAGUUGUUGAGCCGGGAGAAUGGAGAAGAUGUAGAGGAGGCAUGGACGGAGAGCGCCUUCUUCCCUUUACAGAACGCCCUCCCUGAGAUCAACCAUGUUGUCCUCAUGGAACUGGUCAAGUCAUUGUCAGCUGCAGACGUAUUUGUUGAUUUUUUACUCCGUCUUCCUCAACAACAGAUCUGCUCUGAGCUGGAACGUUUGACAGAACAUGUGAGGAGCAGCCCUAUGAGUGAGGAUGAUGUCCACUUCCUCCUUGAUGUUUGGUGGGAACUUUGGAAAGGCAGAGAUAAGCAGUUGAGGGAUAGUCAGGAUAGUAUAGAAGUGGCGUUUGCAAACCAGGUGGCACAUCUCACCUGCCAGCCUGCUAGUUUGGAUCAUCAAGCUGCCAAGAGAUUGAAGUUGGACCCAGCGACAUUAUCGCCAAACACCGAUGUCCUUGACAUUUUCCUUCACACCCUCAAAGAUAUGAAAGAUCUCAUAUCUCAGCCCGAGCUCUGCUUUCGUGCACUUUCCAGUUGCCUCGAUGCCCUUUACACAUCUUUCUUCAUUGAACAUUCAGUGUUGCUUCCAACCAAAGAUAAGAUGAUGUACCUCUCCAAAGCCAUGACCGUCAGAGAAAAUAGUGACAAGCUGAGUUCAGAGCUUAUUCGGGAGGCUCAGCAAGAACUCAGAGCCUCUCAUACCCCAUCCCCCUUUCAUCCGAGCAGGAUGAGCCUUCAUGAAGCCCUGAAGAACGUGACGGAGCUUGCACAGUUCUGGCAAGACCACGGGUUGCUGAAAGUGUGCAGCAGCUCUCCUCCCACUUACACAGAAUUCAAACUACAGCAAAGUGUAGUCAGAAUCCUGGCUGCUCUAGAAAAGGCACACAUGAGCGAUGCCACAGCUGAACAAGUGGAUGAGAAGAAUAAACUCACAGCUUUACUGGAGUCGUUGUCGUUCCCCGUUAUAGAGGGUACCUCUGAAAUGAGCAUGAGGGUUGCUGUGGCCAUCAUCAACCAUCGCCUGGAGGACUAUCAAAAUGUUGCUUUGUUGUUUGCCAGCGAAAAGAGCUGGGCGGCCUGCGAUGAGCAGUGGUUGGACUGCCUUGUAAAGAACCAAGAAGCCUUCCAGCAACGUGACGCAGUGAUCCAACUGUCUUCCAUGCUCAGAAGUCAGCUCCACACAGCAAACGUGAGCCACUGCAGGAGGCUGCUAAAAGUCGUCACGGCGGUGUUCACCACACUCUCCUUGGAGGACAAGAAUGAAGCUUUGGCUGCCAUUCUGAGAUUGUCCCCUCUGGGACUCUUUGGAUGCCCGGGCUCCUCUGCUCUGACUGCCAGCUUUGAGCAGGAGCUCAACAUGGCCUUCAACUGCAUCAUCCAAGGAGGGGCUGGGGCACCCACGGAGGGCAACUUGGGCACAGCAGUUUCUUUAGUAGCCAGGGUGGCCUUUCAGAACCCAGAGGCUACUUUAAGAUCCUGCUGUCAUUCUGCCAUUUUCAAUAAGGGCGCAUUCUGUCUCAUGAAUAAGAUCCUGCAGCAGUUGCCUGCACUCGGAGGUGUGACGGAGAGCAAAGCGACAGACGAACAAAGUGAAGGGAAGAGAAACCCCACAAAAGGCAGCAGUCUACUCUGCAGGUGUCUGCAGGAAACAACCAUCAGCAGAUCACUGGCAGACAAUGAAAAAGAACAGUUCCUCAAGUUUGUGAUUUUGUUGAUGAGGCCAACCGUGACAGGUGGAGGUGAAAGAGAGAGUCUUCUGUCGCCUCAGGAGCUCGUCAACACCUUCGUCCUGCCUAACCUGUCUUUCACCAGUGGCAGCUUGAUCGAUCUUGAGCUGAGCCUGCAGCUCCUCCACGCCGCUUUGUGUGUGGACGACCAGGAAGGAGACUCCUCCUCAGCUUGCUUUGUGCUGGACUGUUCCCCAUUUCCUUUGCUCUUCACCCUGGCCCAGCUGCAUGACCAGGCCCUCAGAUGUUGGGAGCACCCGCCCGAGAGCGCUGUCCACCGUUGGUCCAUGGACACCAAAGAGCUGCUUACGUCGGUGCUGGUCCGACUGGCACAGGUGGUGGGUGUGGAGGUGGCAGCCGCCCCCGGUCGCUGGUCCAGAGCUCUGUUCUGGCUCCAUGACAAGAUGAAGGAACUGGACUGGACGGUUUACUUCCACCUGAAGCCUGUGUGGGGCGACCACUUCAAAAAUGAAGUGCCCUCAUCUCUGUUGACAGUCUGUGAUCUACCUGAGCAGGAAUGGUCGGGUCUGGACCUGCCCCAGUAUGGUUAUGGCACAGGUCUUUUGCCGUGGGUGGAGUGCUGCACUUUAUCCGACUCUCUUCAGUCCACAAUGCUGUCUUGUCUUUCUCUGGACCGGCGCCGGCCCAACCACGUGGGCAUGUUCAGUAAGGGCCUGCUGGUGGCACUGACCCAGACCUUUCCCUGGUGCUCCAUCCCCCAAUGGAGCAGACUACUCCGAGCCAUAAAGGAGCUGAUGACCUCGGGGUACCUCCAUGUCCCUUUUUCCCUGGAGUAUGUGGACUUCUUGCCCCUUUUGGACCUGAGGAGGUUUUCCUACGAGCUCUGUCUGUCUGUCCUCCUGCUGCGAGUCCUGCAGCUGCUCUGUGGGUCCAGCUGUUCUCAUUGGCUGACAGGAGACGGCUGGGCCCACGUUACCAGAUUGUAUGCUCACGCUGUUAGGGAGAUGAUGAACUCACUAAGAGCCAAGGUGCCCCUGCCUCCAUCCAGGCCACAGAAAGCACCUGGUGCAACACAGGACGGCGCUGAUUUAAAACAAGACUCUUUGAAAGUUGCACAAACAGAGGAAACUGUCCAAGUUCCGUGUCAGGAGGUCCUCUUUGUUCUCAGUCAGCUCUUCUGCCAUGUUCAACACAUCCAGGUGAUGAUGCCAAGUGGCCAGAGUGAGCCUCUCUUCCUGGCCAGCCUUGAGAUCCUCAGUCACUACGAGGCCAUCGUGAGGGCUUUCCCAGAGAGCAGCAGCGCCCUGGAGAACGACAACACCAAGCACUUUUUCCGCACUAUCACAGACAACCUGGAGAACCAGGAGAUGAAGUGCCUUCUGCAGCAGAAGAUCGCUCAGCUCGCACCGUCCACCGCCUGAUGCGUUCUUCGACAUUUUUCCCGUCGUGUAAUUCACUAAUGCAAGGUUCACUUUUGCACUUCUAGCUCAUACAAUUCAUUGUGCUGUAGGAUUUGGGGUGAAUUAAAAGCAAAUCUUACA